AUGGGCCGCCUGACACUUCAGUCAUCUAAAAUUCAAACAUGGAACUGAUUAAACGUAACAACCUCGUAAAUAAACGUGUAGACAGAGAAUGAACGUUGCUGAUGGAAUCGGUACGAUGUCCGUUAAGGAUGCUAUAAGAGUAUUCACAGACACCAUGAGGUCUUUGAAUUCGACGGAUCAACAAAUCUUUUUAUCAUUUAUUGCCGAUAAUUGGCGUCCCGAGGAAGCGAAAAUUGAAUAUGCCUCGAGAAAUUCAACAGAUAAUUGCCGUAACGAAACCGACUCGCAAGAAGAGCUAUUAAGAAAUAUAAAAAGAAUUGCUACUGAUGUUAGAAGUAGAAUCCCAUUCGAUGGUAUUCUCUCGUCGGAAUUCAUUACUCCGCCGAAUGUUGGAGAGAAUUCAAAUUGUGACGCGACAUCGACGAAACACGUUGAUGCAUUUCUUUAUGACAACAGGGAAGUCGACGAGCUUAUAGACGAAGGAAAGUUAAGCAACUUGUAUUGUGUCAAUUGUGGGUCCAGUGAUGUAAAAGAAUAUAAUAUCAUAUCGCAUUCCAUGUCGGUGUCCGCCAUGCUGUACAUAUUUCACAAUGUUUUACCAUCGCUGGAAGGAAAAACUUUACUGGACGUAGGAUCUAGGUUGGGUGCUGUGUUAUACGGGGCAUACAUAUUUACAUCUGCUUCGAAUAUCAUCGGCGUUGAAAUGAAUAAAGAACUUUGUACGUUACAAUGCGAUAUGAUAAAAAAAUAUAAAAUGAACGAUCGUAUUGAUAUUGUGAACGAGAGAAUCGAAGACUGUUCAAAGAUUGUACAAAGUAGCGAUAUAAUUGUCAUGAAUAAUCCGUUCGAAUUUUAUGUGCCAGAAUCCGUGCACGCGGAAAUCUGGAAAUUUUUUAAAGCCAACAUCCAAAGAGGAACGAUUCUAGUUACCAGACCGUCUAUCGAAACAACUUUAGAGAAUCUGCGGACAGGAAUAUCCAUAACGAAGUGGUUGAAACCGUACGCGUCAGAAAAAAUUACAGGCGAACCUGAAGUAUUUGGAUCCCUGAUCGUGAAUCCUGAUGAACACUCUGACAUCAACUUCUACGAAGUGAUGUAACGAAACGACCGAGAAAGAAAGAAAUAUUUUCAUAGAUGCUGUACGAAGAACGUUAUGCUAUAAGAAUUUUAUGUACAUAUAAAAGUAUGCUGUAAUAAAUAACGAAGUUUAAUGUUACAUUUUACAAGAAAGGAAAUAUUACGAAAGAAGAUAAUUUCUUAAGAGUAAAAGUUUGAAAAAUAAAGGA